AUGUUCGUGGCCGGCUUGACCCCGUCGUCCAGGGACCGAGCGGCCUCUCUAGCCUCUGGUUCAGGCCAGCGAUCGCGCGCCGGCUCCACCGCUACACGUCUGGAAGCUUCACAUGGCGGACCAGCUCUUACAACACCGAUAGCGUCGCCAAGCCCACUGGCACACAUGUCUCUCCCGAUCUCCCCUCCGGCCACCUCCCCUCCUAUCCGGAACGAGGACGGCUCGAAGACUUUGGACCAGGUCGCUGGGCCGUCCAAAUCUAGUUCCAGCAUCCAGCUUGCCGUGGAUGCGGAGGAGGAUGAGUUUGAGCUGCUGGUGCGAAAUCUGCGGGAGUCGCUGGAGGGUCUGGGCGGGAAAGGGAAGGUGUGGGUCAAGCAGUCUGAGCGACGCGACUUUAGGAUCAUGCUGGUCGACAAGGUACGCUUUACCAUUAGCCUAUCGACUAUCAACCCCAGUCCAGCAGGAUCCCAGGUCGAUAUCUCCGCUCCCCGCUCUCCCCUCUCACCCUUGACGCCCACUUCCCCGCUCUACCCGGACGGUCUCAUUGCCCCUAUCUGGGUCCGAAAACACGCCGAGAUGGUCCCUUCGGUCUUUGUGCUCUUUUUACGACUGUACGAGUCGACUGAAGAAGGGGAAGUUGAGGAUAUCCUGGGCGGGAACGAGGCACAAAACGCGGAGAGGCGCGCAAAGGAGCAAGAAAUGGAUGAGGCGCUGGUCAAGGAGAUAGGGGAUAGGCGGAGAAGACUGGGUGAGAGGGGCAUCAAGUUGACGGUUGUCUUGAUGGCUAGCGCUGCAGCUCUCGAUUCACCCGCACUUGACCCCCGACUAUCAUACCUCCGCCGCGCGUCAGCCCUAUCCUCCAAAGCUUCGCUUUUCGUCCUCUCCCCUGUACCUGCGGAUCAACUCCCCGAAUUCGUACAGAGUCUGCAGGACGCGCUCUUCGACUCGGCGGCGGAAUACUACUCUGCCCAUGCAAAGCGCGUGAAGCGAAAACGAGCACGAGUGUCGACUAGCUCGUUAGCCGUCCCAGGCGCCGCAGGGAAGGUGCUAGGCGCGCAAGGAUGGGCGGUCAGGUAUGACUGGAAGAGCGGGUGGUUUGCCGAGAUCCGAGGCGAUCUCGACGAAGCCAGACGUAGGCAUUACGAAGACUGCUGGAACGAGCUGGCCCGGAUGUUCUCCUCAACCCAGACUUUACCACCGCGGACGAAGCGAUGGGCGGAGGCCAAGGUGCUGGCUGAUUGCGUCGCCAUGAGGAUAUGCCGCUUGCUGCUGUACGGCGACGACUCGGCCAAGGUGCUCGGGCCUUUCUUUGUGCAUUUGAAGCGGUUUGGGGACCUAUCGCGAGGCUGGGGGAUCGGGGAGGAGACGUUCGAGUUUUGGAGCUGGAUCGCCCGACAAUACCGCAUUUUUGCAGAGCUGCUGGAAGCGGGCGUCCAGUCAGGUCUGCGUAUACCAAUCCUCGCCCCGCCUGUCCUUCCCACCGCCCAAUCAGCUGCAAUGCCCCCGACACCAGAAUACUGGUCAACCCCUAUCUCAUCAACAAAUCCACUUCAGACCCUCCAGUCACCCGCAUUUUACUUCUACACCGCUGCAAGCUGUUCCGUCCAACGUCAAAAGCGCUUCGAGGAGGCGCUUGCUUUGGAGGAGGAUGCUCUUGCUUCGGAGUCAGGUGCUGCGUCAGGCUACGUGUCGGCCGCUCCCGGCUUCGCCAAUGAAAAGAAGGUCGAUCAUUCCGCCGUCGUCGUUGAGCUAUUCACCAAAGCUUACUCUUUGCUCAAAGAGCAAGACAUGGCGCAGAAUAGGACCGCGCUGUACGUGGCGUACAGGAUAGCCGAGUCCUACUGCCAGUCUGCGCAGUAUGACAUGGCCAUGCGCUUCUUUGAGCGUAUCUCGCCGACCUUCCAGAGAGAUAAGUGGACGCCGAUCGUCCGCCAGAUCCGGAAGUUGUGGUAUGAGUGUGCUCAACAUACCGGGCAAGUCGAGUCCGCCGCGAGACUCCUGGUCGAGAUGAUGUGUCCAGAUAGCGGUAUAGAAGGCGAAGAUCGCAUGGCACUGCCUGAAGAUCUGUUAUCCCUGAUGAAGACUACCGCUCCCGCCAGCGAGGAGCCUAUAAUUCUGGACAUGGGGAAAGACAAGCCAUUAUUGGAUGUCCGAGCUGGCUUCUGGCAGGCAGAAGCUCCCGUCUCCAGCUCGGUCUCAUUCCAGAUCUCGAUCGCUUGUCCUGACGAUGUCCAAAUAUCAGACUUGGCAUUUUCGUCAGCGGUCAUAGCGUUCUCGGAUGGUCGACCCGACUGCACCAUCGAAGCCGAUUCCUCAUCGGACGGUAAGGUAUCACUGGUCGACCUGGGAAUGAUCCACCAUUCCGAGCCUCAAGCCACCUCGAAAGCACGCCUACAAUGGAGUCCCGGACAGGUAGUUGUGCUACAAGGGACGCUACUGGGUGACGCCGAGGGUGACUGCGAGGUCUCAUCAGUCCGCCUCUUGCUUAAGCAGGGCGUCUGGGAUCUUCAGCUCGGGUUCGACCCAACGCCACUUCAGGAGUGGAUGGCGGGCGAGGUAUCUUAUGUGCCCUCUGGAGGUAUCUCCAGCUCUAUUCGCAUCAUCACAAGCCCUCACCUCGUCGACCUCAAGCUGGAUCACCUUCCUCCAGCCUUCAUGGGCGAGAGGAUACCAGUGAAGGUGAAGAUCACGAGCAGGGAUGAGCGGGAUUUGGAGCUAGUGAUGUCGGUAUUUCUCCACCCUGGAGAAGAGGGAGAAGAAUCGUCAAUAUCGCUGGACGCCAACGAGUCCACCAGCCUGCUCAAAGACCUCGAUCUCGGCCUACUGAAAGCUGGCGAAGCGCUGGAGAGGACGAUACAUCUCAAGUCGUCCGCUAUCGGGACGAAGGUCAUUGACGUCUCGCUGCAGACCACCGUUGUCGCAGCAGAUGUCUCAUCAUCGACAGACGAUCCCGACUCGCCCUCCAAUAUGCCAGCUCGAGCGGAAGAUUUUGAAGCGACAGCAGUUAUACCGAUCAUGGCGCCGUUCGGCAUGUCGACUCGGGUCACGUACUCGCCAACCAGGAUGAUGGAUGACGGCCUGGUGGUCGACGCUACAAUCAGUACGAUCUUUACCGGGAAUCAAGUCAGAGGGAUCGAGGUCGGCAGCUUGUCUUUGACGCAAGCGGUACGUUUCUCAUCUCGAAGCUGGACCGAACAUACGGUAUAUAGCACGGUGACGAAGUACACUUUGCGGCCGCGUCAAGCUUCCGCCUCAGGGCCUCAGGGUGACAUACCGGCAAACCUAGCUAUCAGCUGGCGAAGUGACGACGCGUCCGAAUUCAUCGAGAACAUCUUACCCCUCCCACCCCUCGUCUUCCCCACUCAACAAUCCUUCCUGACCGCCCAACUCCGCACUCCCAAGACCGUUCACCUACAACAUCCCUUUCCCGUCGUCAUUACCAUUACCAACUCGCACCCGACCCACUCGAUACCCGACACUGCAGUAAGUGUGGACAUAUCGGAUGCAUUCGUAUGGAUGGGCAAUAGGGUGGCGAGAUUGGCGGAUAUACCUCCGAAUAGCCAGCGGGAGAUCAGGGUGGAGUGUGUGCCGGUGAGCACAACGGGAUGGGUGGACUUGCCGCGAAUCAGGGUAUAUGAGGGUGUGGAUGACGCGAGGCGGGAUGUGCUGCUUUCAGGCCCAGGGAUGGGUAAGGGGGGUGUGGGUAGGGUGUUUGUACAGCCCUGA